AAAAAAAACCACGUCUUUCUCCAUAGUCCUAUUCUUUCCCUCUUCCUUUUGUUCUUGUUCUAAAUCAAUGAUAUUGUUUCAAAACCUCGCUUUCUAGGCUAGUUCCUCUCUGCUCUCUGCUCUCCCUUCAACAAACACUGUUUCUUACUUCCCUUCAAUUUCAUCCCUUAAAAGUUAUAUUAUUUAUUUAUGCAUUUCGCGAAGUACCCUUACCCUUGCUGUGUUCAUUGAUUCGUUUCGUUCCCCAAAUUGAAGAACAGAAUCACAGUUACGAAAUGGGGCAAGAGAAUCACAAGAGAAGCAACUUGCCAACCUCAAACGCUCGAAACCGCGGAAACGCGAUUCCACGCGGACGGCAGAUCCAGAAGACGUUUAACAACAUAAAGAUCACAAUCCUCUGUGGUUUCGUCACCAUCCUCGUUCUCCGCGGCACCAUCGGCGUGAACCUCGGCUCCUCCGAUGCCGACGCCGUCAACCAGAACCUCAUCGAAGAGACUAACCGCAUCCUCGCCGAGAUCCGAUCGGACGCCGACCCCUCGGAUCCCGACGACCAAACCCCUUUCAACCCUAACGUUACCUUCACCCUUGGCCCCAAGAUCUCUAACUGGGACUCUGAGCGCAAAUCAUGGCUCCUUCAAAACCCUGAAUACCCUAACUACAUCAGAGGUAAAGCUCGCAUCUUGCUUCUCACUGGGUCCCCUCCCAAGCCCUGUGAUAACCCCAUUGGGGAUCAUUACUUGUUGAAGUCCAUUAAGAACAAGAUUGAUUACUGUAGAUUACAUGGGAUUGAAAUUGUGUAUAAUUUGGCACAUUUGGAUAUUGAGCUUGCUGGGUAUUGGGCCAAAUUGCCUAUGAUUCGGAGGUUAAUGUUGUCUCACCCUGAGGUGGAGUGGAUUUGGUGGAUGGAUAGUGAUGCUUUUUUUACUGAUAUGGUGUUUGAACUUCCUUUGUCUAAGUAUGAUGACUAUAAUUUGGUUCUCCAUGGGUACCCUGAUUUGUUGUUCGAGCAAAAGUCUUGGAUUGCUGUCAAUACUGGGAGCUUUCUUUUCAGGAAUUGUCAGUGGUCUUUGGAUUUGCUUGAUGAUUGGGCUCCAAUGGGUCCCAAGGGGCCGGUUCGUGAAGAGGCCGGGAAGAUCUUGACUGCGAAUCUGAAGGGGAGGCCUGCUUUUGAGGCGGAUGAUCAGUCUGCUUUGAUUUACUUGUUGCUGUCCAAGAAGGAGAAGUGGAUGGAUAAGGUGUUUCUUGAGAAUUCGUACUAUUUGCACGGUUACUGGGCAGGGUUGGUUGAUCGGUAUGAGGAGAUGAUUGAUAAGUAUCAUCCGGGGUUAGGGGAUGAGAGGUGGCCGUUUGUGACGCAUUUUGUGGGUUGUAAGCCGUGUGGAAGCUAUGGAGAUUAUCCUGUUGAGAGGUGUCUUAGCAGCAUGGAGAGGGCUUUCAAUUUUGCUGACAAUCAGGUGCUCAAACUCUAUGGAUUCAGGCAUCGUGGUCUGUUAAGCCCUAAGAUCAAGAGAAUCAGAAAUGAGACGGUUACUCCUUUGGAGUUUGUAGACCAGUUUGAUAUUCGAAGACAUUCUACGGAAAGCAGUGAAUCCAAAAGCUAGUGAGGAAAAGUUGUUCACUGGUGGUAUUAUAGAAAGAAGUUAAUUAGAAGUGGAGUUUUAUUUGAUCUCAAAUGUGUAUUUCCGAAUUCCUAAAGAAGGCCAAGGAAUGGAAGGUAUGAUUUUCA